UGUGAAAAAUAUAUUAUGUAUGAACAAAAAAACAUUAUUGAAAUAGAUUCUGCUGCGGGAAAAUGUAUUUUUUGUAAUACUAUAGUGGUUCUAGUGACGUCAAUUGAGGCAAGGUCGUGGAAAUUAUUAAGAAAAAGUAAGACAAGGAGCAGGCCCCAAGGCCUGGCACGGCGAUUCAGCUCCACUCAAGCGGAAAUCACAGAAGAUCGGAGAUUUCAAGAUGUACAAAGUUGGAAAAUAUGGAGCUGAGGAAGAUUGUGUGGUUUUAAUCAUGCUAGAGGCGCAGCGAGAGUCCUCGAACGCGAUCGACAAGAUGAUCAAACUGCGACCAUAUGUGCCGUCAAAGCGCAUCGCCAUACGGGACUCUUCCAUCGAUGAGGACAUCAGCGACGAUGUGGACGAUGAGGUGUUCAUCAAGGAUGCCCGCUCGGCCAAGCGCAGCGAAGAGCAGGGCCUGAAACGCCCCCUGAUGGCGCCACGACGCAAACACAGCUCGGGUUCCGUUUCCAGCUCGGGAUCCUCCGCUCCCAUCAUGAAGCUGCACAAGCGACGACGCUGCGGCCGCUGCUGCGAGCCCUUCUGCUAUGCGCUGGCCGCCUUCACCGUGAUCUGUGCUCUGCUCAGCCUCGCCGCCCUCAUGCUCACGCUCUUCCCCCUGCCGCUGCAGAGGAUCCGCCACUGGUGGCGCGAGGAUCCCAACCAGCUGGCGGGCAUCUCUGCCGCCGGUGCCGCUGGCGCCUCCUCCAGCAUAGGGUAUGGGAGCAGUUUGGGCAGCGAGUUCGUGCCCUGCACGCAGAUCAGUGUCCAGAAGCGCUGGACACGCAGCCUGGCGCGCAUGAACAGCGAGAGUCCGCUGCGAGCGGCGGAUCUGAACGGGGAUGGCGUCCAGGAUGUGAUCUUUGGCUAUGGCGUGGACGACAACAUCCACUACGAGGGCAUACCCCUGCCCAGAUGCAAGGCCUCCCAGGGCGAGGACGAGGUUCCCUGCGAGGGCGGUGUGGUGGCCCUUAAUGGCAGGGAUGGCUCCAUUCUGUGGCAGUCCUGGAGCGUGGCCAAUGUCUUCUCGCUGCACUGCAGCGCCGAUGUGGACGGGGAUGGCGGCACGGACUGUGUGGCAGCUGGAAGACUGGGGAUGAUUUAUGCCAUCAAUGGACGCACUGGCUCGGUCAUCUGGCACUUCCGUGAGCUCGAGGUCGAGACCAACUCCCCCAUCGUCAUGGAUCUCUAUACGAUCAAUGUCCUUCGCGAUCUGGAUGGCGAUGCAGUUCCCGAGCUGAUUGCCGCCCAUCUGGAGGAGCGCGAAGAGUCCAAGGCGGGGCACAUCAAGCUGAUCUCCGGGAAGACGGGCAAGGUGAUCCGCAGCAUCCCCACGCCCUACCGCGAGGAGAUGUUCGUGCCCAUCCAACUGCUCACCCAGGCGGACGGCACCGAUGUCCUGCUGAUCCUCACGGGUGGCCAGAACACACCCGGAGGAGUCUACUCCCUCCGCCUGCACUCGUUGAUGGCCCACACGAGUGAGAAGCAUUUCACGCCGCUCUACCAGCAGCCGGGAUCGGGUCUGAUGGUCCCUGCCGUCCUCACCGAUCUCAAUGGGGACGGCACCUCCGAUGUGGUGGUGGCCGCCUUCAACAGCACCGUCUACGCCUUCAACGGGGCCAACUACAGCGUCAUGUGGAACUACACCUUCCCCGCCAGCGAGUGCGUGAGUGCCAUCGUGCCGGGCCACUUCAACCACGACAAUGUCACCGAUUUCAUGGUCAAGUACAACUCGGGACCGGGCUUCCCCGUCUACUACUACUCGCAGACAACCAUCCUGGAUGGACGCACAGGACAGCCCCUGCUCAACGCCAUGAUGACGGAUGCCGGUGGGGCGAACAGUCUCCUCGGAGGAGUCUCCAUUUCGCAGAGCUUCGGGGGAGACUUCUUCCUGCACUGGCAGAUCCAGUGCCGCAAUAAACCCAAUGCCCGGGAUGCCUACGAGUUCGUGCCGGACAGCGACAUCAUCCUGCAGGCCCGGGCGGACACCUGUCGCCUUCGCUACAAUGAAUCCACGGUGCUGAAGCUCUACGCGAUCGCCCGACACAUUGAGCCGCCAGGAGCGGUGCUCUUCAGCACCGAUGAUCUGGAGGUGCAGCUGAAUCGCACACAACGGCCGGCUCCAGCCGGCAAGCAGUCACCGCUCAAGCACCCGAAGCUGCUCAAGAAGCUGCUGGCCAAUCGGGAGCAGCUCCUGCGCCAAGUGGCUGAGGCGGAGCAGACGGUGAAGCGCAAGCAUCACAAGCACAAUCCGCUGUUGGAUCAGCAGCUACAGGAGCUGUUGCCUAACGAGAUUCCCCCCUUCGGGGGCGGUGUCUAUCCCAAGGAGUUUAAGGACUACGGGCAGAUGCCACUGCCACUGCCGCCAGAUAGCCCAAAUCCGAUGCGCGUGCCGGAGGAGUACGAGAUGGUGUACAACGACGAAGUGCCUCAGCUGAUGGAGAACGAUCGUCCCAUCCAUUUGCGCAGCAAAUAUCCUAGCGGCAGCAAUCGGGACGUGCGCAGCGGCAGCCUCGACAGCACAAGCACCACUAGCACCCCCACCACCAGUCUGCCGCUGUCCGCCCAGUCGCCGCUCAGCCUUUGGGAUCUGGAGCUGGACAACGAGGCCAGGGAGCAGGCCGUAGAGGCGGCGGCGGUGGCGGCCCAGAAGAGCCGUCGGCGACGCAAGCGUCAGCGACGCGAAGAGACCUCCUCCAGGGCCACCACAGCGGCCGGCGAGGAGGGAGGAUCAGAGGAGUCCGAUUGGUAUUUGGCCUCCAUUUCCUCAACUGGGGUGCUGCUGAAGGCCCUGGGCAAUGCCAGUUCGUCGCUGGACUUUGCCUUUGUGCUCAACAUACGCGAAUCGGAGGCCUAUCCACCGCUGUUCUCCCCCCAGGAUCUCAGCUGCGUGGAGGAGAAGAUCAGCGCCUAUAAAAGCUAUACCAUCGAUAAUUUGCGCGUUUUGCGCAAACAGUUCCUCAAGCAGUGCCUCAACGAGCGGCUGGUGGACUCGGAGCCCGCUCUGCCCAAGUACGAGUCGCAGUUGAUUGUGACCCGCAUUGGGAUCACCUGCACCUGCCGAUCGCUGCAGCCGGGCGAGGUCUGCUCCGAGCUGGAUCCCCUGGACGCACAACGUUGGACGGAGUUCAUGGGUAAUCAUGGUCAUGGUUACUAUGCUAAUCGCUAAUCGCAUUAGGACAGGAGCGGGUAGAAGCAGCAUCUGCGGUUUGGUUUUUUUGGCCGCCGCGGCCUGCAAAAUGCGAUUCCUUUAACUCUCUCUCUCUCACUCUAUUUGUCUCGAUGUCACUAUUGUAAUUAAUCGUAAUUUACGUGUUGUGGGGUUUCUUGUAAUGGUAACACAGUAUUUACAUGUGUAUUUGUGUAUAUUUUAUGAGUUUUUUUAAACAAAUAAAGUACAAUUAAUCCAA